UGUAGUUGUACGACAAUGUUUUGAUGGUCUAAUGUGGUCACAGUUGUAAGGGAAAGUUUGAAUGGUCGAUGAAAUGAAGUUCGAUAACUCGUGGUUAAUUUACAUGUGUGUCGCGGUUACGGCCCCGCAAUGUGAUGUUCCACGAACACGAUAAGAUGUUGGGGUUUUAUCUGCUUGUUGUCGUUAGCACCGUCUUCAUCAACAAGGCAAACUCGGUCGACUCAACACAGCCUCCAGACUACAACGUAACACUAUGCAACGAUGGUGACGUCACCGAAGUAUUGCUUCGGCACCAGUCGUCCGUUUCCGUACGUAGCCCGAACAUUGACGAACGACGAACCCAGGGGAAUAUCCGGUGUAAAGUCGUCUUCAAAACUGGACCCGAAGCUUUGUUUCUCAUCAUACAAUAUAACUCUUUUGACCUGGAGUUAGUCUUGUACCCCGGGUCAUGUGACUACACUUGGUUGUGUGUACACGGCGUGAGGUUUUGUGGUGACUGGCCGUCCAAUCGGAUCUUCGAAUACAUCGUGCCUGCAAAUAGCACGUUUACCAUGUACUUCAAAUCUGAUGUCAUGGUUACCAAAGCUGGGUUCGAGGCCGUGGUGCAGGCCUUCACGGCCACUAGCAGUCACGUGACCGUAGCAGACGCCGGAAAUGGCGCCAGCGAGAAACACGUUGCUUACGUCACCACUGUCUUCAACGACCAGUUCGCCAAGACGUACAGGGACAAAUGUAACGGAAACUCCAGUCAGCCGAUUCCAGACUGGUUGAGACUGGCCGGAACAAGUUCGCCAUAAAAGUUUGCAGGUUGGAUAAAAACUCUGAAAUUUCUGGCCUUCAACAGACAGCGUGGUUUUUUGCUUGUUUUCACCGGAUGUUGAGUAAAACUAUAACACAA